AUGGCGAUGACAUACACUCGCCAUCAGACUUUUAGCCAACAAUUCGGCGACCCUAUGGCUUAUCAACCGCCGUAUUACCACCAUGAGCUUCAUUCUGGGGACAACGAGUCUCUGUUCUCCCGCUGCCAACCUCGCUUCGUGGGAGCUGAUCGCCAUGCCGUGUCGAGCUUCAACAUGUACGAACAAUCCUGUUUCAGUCAUCCAAGCCACGCUCCCCACACCGGGUUCUUUCCUGCGAGUCCUAAUGACAAUGACGACUACAGCAACAGCUACUCGACUGGCACAACGCCUCGGUCUAGUGUCGACAGCUCUCCGAGAGAGAAGCAUUACAAACCAAUCCUCUUUCAACAACCACAUCGGCAUGAUCAAGACAGGCUCUCCGGCUCCGUGGAGCCCGUCUCAACUAAGACGCUCCUCGUCCCGACAAAGCCUCACUGCAUUCAUCCAGACUGCCUCGACGCCUCGGGCCAGCCGCAGAAGUUCUUCUCCAGGAAGGCGGAUGUCGGCCGGCAUGUCCGGUCUCAGCAUGAGCGAAACUACAUCGACUGUCCCAAGAACCGCUGCGCACGCAAAGGGGACGGUGGUUUCACAAGACAAGAUCACCUCAAAGAACAUCUGAGACAAUACCAUCAGGAGAAGCUUGCGAAGAGAGCCAGCGGGUCGGGUUCCAGAAGGACGACUUCCAGACACGUGUGA